CUUCCAUUUUCCCUGCUUUUGUCUGCUGUUUUUUGCUGUGUCGGUUGUUACCUGGGCUCCCAUCAGUUCGGGGCUAGUUCGAUAGAGUUUGUGGAAAGGUGCACUUAGCUGAUGUCCAGCGCUAUCCGAUCAAAAGAAUACAGGUGUGCACGCCUUAGCCGAUGGACGAUUCAUCGGAUUAUGCGAAUAUUGAGGACUCAAAUCUCAAGCGGACCAGAUUGAGCAAGAACCCUCCAGACACUCCUGAGCAAUGUAAGCCGGUUAAUACAGUAAAGCUGUGGAAACGUGCGUUGCAGAAGUUGCAUUCGAUCGAUUUGGAUCCUUGGUUAGACUUUCCCACACAUGAUAUCCCCGUAGAAACCGCUGUUUGACACCGGUAUAUUGCUAUCAAAAAGAAGUGGGCGAUCGACGAAAUACACGUCAAGAUGGAAUCCAACCCUUUUGAUCGUGGCGCAAUGCGUGAAUGCUUUCGUUUAAAGAAACUGCCUCAGACUGGCCCACAUGCGAACGAUUGGCACUAUGCAUCCAAUUACGUAGUCAAAUGCUACAUUUCCAACGUGGAUAGACAGGUUUACUUUGAUGAUGUCCGCCUCCAAAAUGGAAGCCAAGCUUUGGGCUGAAGCAUUUACAAGACAAGCACCCCCAAAAAAGUGGAUAUUUUCCAGUUAUCUGUCAUAGAAAUAAAACUCUCUGAAGAGCGGUUUAUGGAGGGAGAGUAUCGGAAGCAUAACGCGAAUUCCGGUUUCCUUGAUGAACAGCUGCGAAAUACUCAUCAGGCAUUCAGCCAUUUCACUUUCGAGCGAUCUGGCUAUCGUCUUCUUGUCGUGCAUAUUCAAGGCAUGGGUGGCCUGUAUACCGAUCCACAGAUUCACACAUCCGACGGCUUUGGCUACAGUGAUGGUAAUCUCGGCCCCAUGGAAUGGCCCUCUUCUUUCACAGUCAUUGAGGUAACCCUUUGUGUGAAUAUUUGGACUUAACCAAAUUCGAUUUGUCUCACACUGAAUUGGUAGCGCAGAUGCUGCAUUCACACAAGCAAGUCGAGGGGGAUGCACCUCAUUCACCAAAGGAGGAAUCUUCUGAUGAGGUGAAGGGUAGUGAUCUCCCUUACGUUGAAGCGUCAGAGGUUAAACAACACCCUCAGUUGAAAUUAUCCCCGGAUGUGGUAAAGGCCAUCAGAGCCCAAAGACGUGCUGUUAACCCAGGUUCCCGACGCCGUUCAGUUAGUUUCAAUCAGUUUGGUCCAACAAUUGCGCGGUCUACGGAACACAUCCAGCUCCCCAUCACCGUCGACCUCAGACGUCGAUGCGACAGCUGUUCCACGUCUUCCACUUGGCUUCAUCUCAACCCGGCCGAUUUGUUGUUUGACAGAGGAUCACCGGCCCACUCCCUCGGAAGCGAAACACCGUCACUCACCCCAUCGAAGCUGGACACUGAUGUUCCACACGCGCGGGUCCCGUCUGCACUGGUUGAUGUUCACGGAACUGCUGGGGCGUGCAACUGCGAGUACUCACCGAAACCGUUGUUGAGUGCUGAUGCCGUCGGCCGAACACAACAGCCUCGGAAUCGUGUGGCUUCUGGAGAUUCCGGAUACUCGUGUCGAAUCAACUUUUGCGGUUCUUACGGUUUCAGCGAUGUGGAAUUGGGUGUGCCAAAGUCCAAUGACCUCUUCUUUCCACAUUAUCUGCCCGAUGCGGCAAUGCAUAUGGUUUCCGGAUCCACACCAUCGUUGCUUGAUCCUCUGAUGUCACCUUGUGCUUUGAAUUCCCUUCGUGGAACCUUAGAUUCACCGUGUGGCGUCUCGGCACACAGCAAUGGUCGAGAGGACUACAUCACAAGUCAUCCACAUUUCUCUACCAAUUGGAAUCACGGUAUAUAUCAUGGGCCUUGUGGUCGACUGAUGAACGGUGGUCUGCAUCUACGGCGUCACCGGAAUCCAAGUGAAUCAAGCGACCUAGACGUAGAGGAAGAUCGUCGCAUGGCCAACAACCUUCUUCAUCAGCUCAUGCAUGAGAGCCAUAAGCCAAGUUGUGCAGAUCACCCUACGAACCUGGAUCAAGAGAUCGGACAAUCAAUUUUGGGGCAAAUUCAUCACGAACUAGCACGCCUGCACGAAGCGGGACGCUUUUUACUUGGCAGCAAAUGUAGUUGGUCGCGUGCUGGACUCGGAGGAUUACUAUUACGAAACCAUGGCGCCGAUACGGAAUUAGAUGCGGACAGGCCCAACGCAGAUAAACAGUGCGUGUCGCCGACCUAUUACACCGAUGCCUCGAUCUACUGGACAGCGGUCCUGUUCCACGAGCGUCACGCAGCGCAGUUGGGCUGUCUGGAGGCUUUGAUUGUAAUGAUCCACUACUAUCUGGGUCUUCCCACUCAGCUCCUGCUUGAUUGUCCGAUCAAACCCGACCAAAAUGACCUGAUAUUUGGCGUUGAUUACCUCUGGCGCGCCGCAGAGGGUGACGGUCGUCGUUGCAUGAUUCUUCUCGUUCAUUACUUGGACUUAUCGGCUAGUUUAUAUUUGCCGAAACCAAAGCUGAGCAAGUACAAUUGGCCUGACAGCGUUCUCCUCCUGCCUGCAUUGCAACCUGUGCGCCCGGAAGCUCGCCCCUCCAUCUCGUGAGAUGCCUUGUCCGAGGCCAUCACUUGGUACCAAAAGGCGGUGGAUAGCGCAAACCCGUUCUCUCCACGCGAUGGAGUAACUUAUGAAGGUUUGGACGCCGAGGGACGCCUCGAUGCCGCAGAGGACUUACUGCCUGUAUACAAGAUACUGGCUCGCAUGGCAGAUAUGUACACGAUUGGUGAAUUCGGGCUGAAGCAGGACUACAACUUGGUCGGUGAAUUAUACAACCAAGCCGGUGAGCUUGCGUCUACUGCGCGCGAGGGUCGACUUGCAGCGAAAUACUUCGAAUUGGGCGAGGAAGCUUACAACCAUUUGGAGUAACUUCAUUGCAUUGGACUCCAUUUAUUCCGGUUUAUCGUUGUGCUCAUUAGUAUUCGACCUCCCCGGUUUCCGGUGACUCAUUCUCAUCGGUAGCUUCACACUUGCUGCGUUUUGUCUCAGCCACGGCUCACUGAAUGUCUGGAGUACGACACGCGGUUCAUUCAAGCUGGUUUUAAUGACGCGCGUAUUUAAUCUUCUUUACCCCACACUCUCUCCAACUCUUUUAUUAUCCUUGGAGCGAGUGGGGUUUGUUUUCACGCUCACGAACCAAUGCCAGUGUUGUUUUCCUGUUCUCCAUGAACAAUAUUGCCCUGUCAUUAUCCGCUUGAUUGUUUCACCCAUGCAUCUGCAUACAGCUGACAUUGCCCCCAGUGUCUUCCACCGCUUGUCCCUUCUUCUUUCCUACAUUCGUACUUUCAAGUGCUUUUUUACCGUUGUUACCAUACGUUUGUGCUGUCCACCGAUCGGCACCUCACACACACACAACCAACCGGUGAUUGUUCUUACCAUCUUCCUUCUUGCAACAUCUUUUCGUUUUUUCACUCUCCCUUGCGAUGGGAACCGGCUUCACCUUGAGAGAAAUACGUCAUCGACCAACCGUCUGCGUUUCCCUAAUACACUGUGACCCGAAUUGCCCC